AUGAAUAGAAAAUAUCCACUUCUAUUAAAUCCAAUAUAUAAAGAUCCAACUGCUGAAGAUAUUUAUAAUGAAUUAAAUAUUCGUUAUCGUGUUUGUUUUAAAUUUGUUAAAAAAAGUGAUGAAGAAGAACAUAUUUGUAUAUGUAAUCGACCGAGAAAAGCUCAUAAAAGCACUGAUAUAGAAUUACAAGAUACAAAAUGGGAUAUGCUUCGUAAUACUUAUGAAGAAUUAAAUCCUGCUCAUGGUAGACUUCAAAAUGGUGCAUUAUUUACACAACUUGCUUUGGAUACAUCUGAAGGAAAAGUAGAAAGAAUUCUUCUUGAUGUUUGGAAAAUUACAAAACCUCGAUUAAUUAUGUCAAUUAUUGGUGGUGCAAAAUAUUUUACAUUGACUGAUCGACUUGAAACAAAUUUUAUUAAUGGUAUUAUUGAUGUUGCUCUUAAAUCAGAUGCAUGGUUAAUUACAAAUGGAUAUAAUGUUGGUAUAGUUCAAGUUGUUGGACAAGCAAUUAAUAAAGUUAAGUUAACACAACCAAAAAAAAGUAUAACAGCUAUUGGAAUUUGUAAAUGGGGAAGUGUAAAAAAUGUUGAAGAAUUAAUACAACCUCUACCUAGAAACCAUCAGAAAAUGAUGGAUAACUAUAAUAUGAUAAUUAGUGAUGAAAAAGUAAAAAAACGUGAAAGUGGUCAACGUGAUCUUGAAAUGAAUCAUAGUCAUUAUCUGAUGUUAGAUGAUGGAACACUUCGACAUUAUGAUACAGGAGAUUAUCGAACACGAUUAUGUGUUCAUAUGGCAAAAUUACAACAUGAAAUUGAUUUUCCUGUUCCUGUUGUUACUAUUGUGGUAGAAGGUGGUCGAGAUACUAUAACAAAUAUAUAUUAUGAUUUGCGAGCUAAUAUUCCUGUUGUGAUUAUUGAUGGUAGCGGUCGUGUUGCUGAUUUUUUCAAACAUUGGUUAUUAUAUACAAAAGAAUUUGAUAAUCUUAGUAAAGAUUUUGAUACUGCCUAUGAACUUGGUGAACUAGAUAAAUUAACAUCAGUUGAAGCUGUAACAACUUCAUCUGAAAAACGAAAUAGUGUAGAAAAUCCAAGAUUAAGUUAUACAUAUGUUCAACUACAACUUGAUAAAUCUCGAAAGGCACUUGAAAAAAUGUUUAGUAAAUAUGCUGAACAACUUAAAACAGAUCUUGAACCAAUAAUAACACAUGAUGAAAGUUUCAAUAAGAAAAAACGAAAAACAUCAUCAUCAAAUAAUUCAAAAAAUAAACAAUCAAAGAUAUUAGAUCUAACACUUAAUCAAGUUAUGUAUUGUCUUCAACCAGCUGUUCGUUCUGGUAUAUCAGUAUUUAAUUUAAAUUCAGAUAAUAAUUUAUCAGAAACAAUUUUUCGAAGUAUUUGUAAAUCACGUCAAAAAUAUUUUGAAAGAAAAGAAAAUGAUCAAAAUGAUACAAUUGAUAUGAAUCAACGACGAUUGAAACCACAACCAAAUUUAGAAGAUAAAAAACGACAAUCAAAUGCACGUCAAAAUGUUAAUAAAAAAGAUCAAAAUGCACAACGAUCACAAUUAUUAUUAUUAGCUAUGGAUUGGAAUUGUAUUGAUGUUGCAAAAGAAUUAAUUUUACAAAAUUCAUUAGAUAAUAUUUUGAAUAAAGAACAAGCUUUUUUAUAUGCAUUAACAAAAAAUUUACCAACAUUUGUUUAUGAAUUUCUUAAAUUGGGUAUUGAUCCAAGUGAAAUAUUCUUUCCAAACAAUGAAUUCCAUAACGGAUCAUAUCGAUAUCAAACAUUUAUUAAAUCAUUAUAUAAUGGAAAGGAAGUCAUGAAUAAUGUUACAACUCAUUUAAAUUGGUUUAUUGAAUCUGAACCUGAUCUUACGAAAAAACGUAUUCAUACAAUUAAUGAUCUUAAUACUGUUCUUAGUAAACUUAUUGGUGAUUAUAUGAAUAAAUUAUAUUUUAAUAGUGAAGAACAUGAAAAUACAUAUCGAUUAUUAUGGGGUUUAGAUGAAUUGAAUACCGAACAAAAUCAAAUAAAUGUUCAAAUUAUUGGAUCUCAAGAUAAUCUUAUAUCUAAAGAUAAUAGACAAAUAAUACAAGAUUAUAUAAUGAGAGAUUUAUUUUUAUGGUCAAUACUUAUGAAUCAUAUUGAUAUGGCUAAAGUUUUUUUAUCUCAUAUGAAAUAUCGUAUAUGUGCUGCAUUACUAGCUACAAAAAUUUUAAAACAAUAUUAUUCUAUAGCAACACAUGGUGAAUUAAAAGAUAGUUAUAUGAAAAAUGCUAAUUAUUUUCAACAAUAUGCUAUUGAUUGUAUAACACAAUGUGAAAAAAAUGAUUCAGAUCAAGCAUGUCAAAUUAUUUUACAACGUAUUGAACUUUAUGGAAAUGUAACUUGUCUUCAAGUUGCUUCUGAUGCAAAAGAUAAAUUAUUUAUUGCAACACCAUGUUGUGUUCAAGCAAUGAAUAAUAUUUGGUUUGAUAAAAUUUAUCCCGAACAAUCAAGAAAACGUAAUGCACUUUCUAUUGUUAUUGGCUUUUUUUCACUUGGUCUUUUGGCUCCAUUUGUAGUCCAUUAUCGCAAUGGUGCAACGGGACCCAAAGAUGAACCACUUCAUCGAUCUUUACAAUCUUAUGGUAUAAAUUAUUCUGAUCCGUAUCCAAUUGAAUAUCCUCGUUAUACUAAAAUAUUACCGAUUAAUCAAUAUAUGCAUCGAGUGAAAAAUUUUCAUCAAGCUUUACGAAUGAAAUAUUUGUAUCAUUGUAUAUUUUAUUGUUUUUUUCUGUUACUUUUUUCUUAUACACUUUUAUUUAAAUUUGAAUUACCAAAAAAUCAAAUUCCAUCAAUUUAUUGGACUGAAAUUGUAACAAUUAUUUUUGUUUCGUGUAUGUUAAUUGAAGAAAUUCAUUAUUUCUUCAGCUUAGAUAAUUUAUCUUUACCAGGAAAAUUUAUUAGUUAUUUUCGUAAUUUAUUUAAAAUGAUGAAUAUUGUUGGAUUUAUUCUAUUCUAUAUUGGAUUAAUUCUAAGAUUUACACGUGCAAAUACCGAUGAACAAUUUAUAGCAGCUAGGGUGAUAAUGGCUAUUGAUUUAGAAAUUUGGUGGCUUCGUUCUUUAUCAUUUAUUAUUGUUGUACGAUUUCUUGGACCACAUAUUGUAGCUAUUGGAAAAAUGCUAAAAGAUCUUGCAUUUUUUAUGUGCAUUAUUUUUAUUGUUAUGGCUGGUUAUGGUGUUGCUUCUCGUUCAAUGGCUUAUUAUCCAAAUGCUAAUCGAUUUAAUUUAACUGAUUUCAGCACUGAUUUUGAUGGUCGAAGUAUUUUUCGUCAAAUAGCAUAUCCGAUUUAUUAUUUAAUGUAUGGAGAAUUUGGUAAUGAAUUAUCUUAUCUUGAUGAAACUGAUAAUAGUGCUGCUUGGUCAAUAUCAACACAUGUAUUACUUGCUGUUCAUAUGCUUUUUGUGAAUAUUCUACUUACUAAUUUACUUAUUGCAAUGUUUAGUAAACGAUUUGAUCAAGUAUAUGAAGAUACACAAAAUAUUUGGCAUUCUCAACAAUAUUUAUUUACACGUGAAUAUUAUACACGUUCUCCAUUUUUUCCACCAAUAAGUCUUAUUUAUGAUUUAUAUUAUCUAUGUCGUAUAACAUUCUUUAAUAUAAGACGUAUUUGCUUUAAAAAAUCAGCUGAUCCUCGUGCAAAAGUAUUUAAAAUGAUUCCGAUAAAUAAAAGUUCUACUAAAGAUUGGUAUGAAUUUGAAGGUGCAUCAACAUAUGAAUAUGCUCAAACAGAAGCAAAAGCAUCGAAAACUGAAUCAAUAACGACAACUCAUAGUUCAAAUCUUUCUAGUAAUGAAAAACGAGAAGAUACAAAUGAUAACAUAAAUGAUUCAGAUAAUUCAAAUAAUAAUCUACGACAUAUACAAGAUGAUCUAGCAAAAUUGAAUCAAUCAUUUGAAGAAAUUAAACAACAAUUAAAACAAUUAAUUGAAAAAUCAUAG